CGCGCCAGGCCCCGGCUCGGGAGCGCGCUCACGUGGCCGAGCCAAGAUGGCGUCGUCCAGCUCGUUGUGGUUCUCGGCUGUUGCUCUCUUGCUGGCGUCCUGCGCCACCCUGGGGAUGGGGCGCUUCGGCCCGCCCGCGCCGCUGCCGCUGGUGAUCUGGCAUGGGAUGGGAGACAGCUGUUGUAAUCCCUUAAGUAUGGGUGCUGUCAAAAAAAUGGUUGAGAAGAAAAUACCUGGAAUUUACGUCUUAUCUCUAGAGAUUGGGAAGACCCUGAUGGAGGAUGUGGAGAACAGCUUCUUCUUGAAUGUCAAUACCCAAGUAACAACAGUGUGUCAGAUUCUUGCUAAGGAUCCUAAGUUGCAGCAAGGCUACAAUGCUAUGGGAUUCUCCCAGGGAGGCCAAUUUCUGAGAGCAGUCGCUCAGAGAUGCCCCUCACCUCCCAUGGUCAAUCUGAUCUCAGUUGGGGGACAACAUCAAGGUGUUUUUGGACUCCCUCGGUGCCCAGGAGAGAGCUCUCACAUCUGUGACUUGAUCAGGAAAACUCUGAAUGCUGGGGCUUACAGGAAAGCUAUUCAAGAACGCCUUGUGCAAGCAGAAUACUGGCAUGACCCCAUAAACGAGGACAUGUACCGCAACCACAGCGUCUUCUUGGCAGACAUUAAUCAGGAAAGAGGUGUUAAUGAGUCCUACAAGAAGAACCUGAUGGCCCUGAAGAAGUUUGUGAUGGUGAAAUUCCUCAAUGAUUCCAUUGUGGACCCUGUGGAUUCUGAGUGGUUUGGAUUUUACAAAAGUGGCCAAGACAAGGAAACUAUUCCCUUACAGGAGACCGCGCUCUACACAGAGGACCGCCUAGGACUAAAAGAAAUGGACAACGCAGGACAACUAGUAUUCCUGGGUCUAGAAGGGGACCAUCUUCAACUGUCUGAAGAAUGGUUUUAUGCCCACAUUAUACCCUUCCUUGAGUGAAACCACUGCAGUGUGCACCAGAGCUCAGGGAGCCCCCAGCACUUACAAACCAAUGAGGACUGUUCCCUUCAUGCCCAAGCCUGAGCUCCGAUCCAGCUUGCAACUAACCCUUCUCUGUAGUCAUCAUCUAACAUGCCCUGCUCGGAGAGACCUCAGAUCCAAAUCUUAUCCUUUGCGUCAUCCUAUCAGCAUAUGGUGUUGAAUGCAAGUUUAAUUAGUUAAUAACCAUGGAGAUUAUUUUACAACCAUUUGAUGUAGUCAAACUGCCUUAGGAAUCGGUCUGCUACACGUCUGUGCCAGAACUGUGCCCAGGCUCAGCAGAGAAUGAACGGACUAAAGCAAUGACACACAUUCUAAGGGCAAACAUCUUUCUCACAAAAAAAACAGCCACAUUUCAAGCCAAGAGAAGGCCAAUACCCAGGCCUGAUGCUCUUCUUUUGCUGGUGGGGAUUUAACCAGGGCGUGGGAAAGUGUUUCUUGGAUGUUGCUGCAUAAUCUGGGGCUGCCCUCCUCUUUGAGUAUGGUGUCUUCUGUGGUAUCUUAGCAAUUAUUAGGUUCUGCUAGCCCACCAUCUUGCUUCACUAGCACUUUUUGUUUCCUCAGAUAGUGAUAAAUUACUCACUCUGCCACAAAAGGAGGGAAGUAACACCCAACUGGGUUGCUUAAGGGAGGAAGUACGUAUUGCUUAACUUAGAAGGGGAUGGGAGCAGGGUGGCAGAGAAUGUAGAAAUGGAAAUGUAAAAUAAGGCGGCUGGUUCUUUCCAUUCCAUCCUUGAUUCAAGUUAUCCUUUCUUAAUAUGACUAGUGGUCUGGAUUCUGAAAUCACUGUUACGGGCAUUAGGAGGAAAUGGGAGGAAAAAUGUGAAGGAAUCGUAUUUACCAUUGGAACACUCUUCUGAUUUUCCUGUUACACUUCAAACUUGUUUCUGAUGUGUUCUGUGAAAAAGACUGUGUGCUCAAAAAGCUUGGAGAAUAUUGCAUACCCCUUUUCUCCUCUUGGAGAUAACCCAUAUUAGAAUAUUAAGGACUCUGAGAAUUCCUAUUAGGGUAAAGAAAACCAUAAUCUACCAUUUCCCACACUGUUUAAGCAGACAUCUUAGCCCCAACUCCCCUGCCUACGAAAACAUCAUUUUUUGGAAGAUUUGUGCAGAAUGCCAGUUUAGGGAAAUGACUAGCUAUGCCUGAGCUAAGUACCUUGUUAGUGCUAUAAAAUUUGCCCUUUAUUUUUCCUUCACAUCUCUCAAACCUUACUUCAACUAAAAGAUGAAGCUUAAGGGCAAGAAGUGGGGGGGGAUGUGAAAAGAAUUGUAUGAGGCUGUCUAAAAUAAA